AUGCCGGAGGGAAAAGGUAGAAGUUUUCUGUCACAGCUUAAUAUCUUCGAUAAGGGCAAUUAUGCCGUUACGAAUGAAAGGGCAAGGUCAGAUGAUGGGACUUCUGAUGAGCCAAAGGAUCAGUUUGUCACUGAAUGGGACCAGGGAAAGAAAAGACUGGGUUUGUUUUCUUGUAUUGGUCUGAUCUGUAAUAGAAUGCUUGGUACAGGUGUUUUUGCGACUUCUUCGACUAUUUACACACUGUGUAAUUCCAUUGGGCUGUCGUUGAUCAUGUGGGCUAUCGGUGCGAUUAUUUCGUUGGCCGGAUUGUACGUUUAUAUGGAAUUUGGUAGCUCGAUUCCUAAGAAUGGUGGUGAAAAAAAUUAUUUGGAGUAUGUGUACAGGAAGCCUAAAAUUUUUGAUCACUUCGAUGUAUGCUGCAUAUGUUUUUUUCUAGGUUGGGCAGCUGGUAACUCCGUGAAUACUGCAGUUAUGUUCUUAACUGCAGCAGAUGCAGAGAUCACCAAGUGGAAUCAACGUGGUAUUGCAGUGGCAGUAGUGACAUUUGCAUUUAUAAUUAAUGGUGUCAAUGUGAAAGCUGGACUUUAUUUGCAAAAUGUUCUGGGAAUUUUCAAGAUCGGUAUUGUCUUGUUCAUCUCGGUUACUGGCUGGGUUGCUUUAGGUGGAGGCUUGAAAAAUGGUUACAAAACUGAUAAUUUCCACAAUGCAUUUGAAGGUGCUGAUCAAGCUACGGCGUACGGUGUUGUGAAUGCUUUAUACAAUGUCAUUUGGUCAUUUGUCGGUUAUUCCAAUGUUAAUUAUGCUCUAGGUGAAGUUAAAAAUCCCGUUAGAACUCUGAAAAUUGCAGGACCUACCUCAUUGAUUUUGAUUGCUAUCAUUUACAUCUUUGUCAACAUUGCAUACUAUGCAGUUGUACCAAAGGAGAAGUUGAUCUCUUCGAAGCUGAUCUUGGCGGCCGAUUUCUUUGACAUCGCUUUUGGCGGGAAUGCAAAGAAGGCUGCAGCUGUUUUUGUCGGUUUAAGUGCUUUGGGAAACGUUCUUUCCGUCAUCUUUUCUCAAGGUAGAAUUAUUCAACAACUGGGCCGUGAAGGUAUCUUGCCUUUCUCGAGAUUCUUUGCAACUUCACGGCCUUUUGAUUCUCCAUUCGUCGGCUUGUUCCAACAUUACAUCGUUUGUGUUGUCACUAUCAUUGCUCCACCAUCUUCCGAUGCUUAUAAUUUCAUUCUGAAUUUGAUCUCAUAUCCAAUGAACAUUAUCAAUUGUUUUGUCAGCGCUGGUUUGCUUUACAUUUACUGGAAGCGUAGAAAGGGUGAACUCGAAUGGAACCCACCAAUCAGUGCUGGUUACAUUAUCACAGCUUUCUUUUUGCUGGCGAACGUGUAUCUGGUUAUUGCACCUUAUGUUCCACCCACUGGAGGCCAAUCGGUGUACGAACAUCUACCGUAUUGGACACACUGUGUUGUCGCCUGGGGUAUCUUUGGGAUCGGUGGUGUUUACUAUUUGAUAACUGCUCAAUUGUUACCAAGAAUUGGUCAUUACGAACUUGUAUCGAAGGAGGUACUUGGAGAUGAUGGGUUCUGGAGAACUGAAAUAUCAAGGAUGUAUUCCGAUGCUGCGACAAACACAGAUAUAAGCUUUGACAGCGACGAACCACCAGUACAGAAAGAGGACAUUUCUGUUGCUCCCACAAAAAAAUCAUCUCUUUAA